UGUAGGUAAGUUCUGAGGACAGUCAGUGUGUGCACUGUGUGUUAUUCCUCCCUCUGCAGCAGCGGCCGGUAGCCUGUGUCCAGAAGAUGACCCUGCAGAAGAAGGAUGCCGUGGAGGUGUUUGCGGCUGGAGAGAAGGGCCGUGGUCUCCGUACCACCAAGGAGAUGCAGCCUGGUGAAGUGGUUUUUGCGGAGGCCAGCUUUGCUGCUGUGGUCUUUGACAGUCUGUCCAUGCAGGUGUGUCACAACUGCUUCCGCAGACAGGCCUACCCACACCGCUGCGCACAGUGCAAGUUUGCCUACUACUGCGACCGCACGUGCCAGCAUGCUGCCUGGGAGGAGCACAAGCAGGAGUGCGCCGCCAUCAGACAGCAAGGCAAAGCGCCCAAUGAGAGCGUGCGUCUGGCAGCUCGCACUCUGUGGCGCAUGCAGAGGCACACAAGCAAGGUCUCUGAUGGUCAGCUGACCACCCUGGAUUUCUUGGAAGACCACAUCUCCAAAAUGUCUCCGGAGGACCUCAAAGUGCUCAAUGGGAAUGUCCAGAAGUUCAAGGAGUACUGGCCAAGCAAAAGCAAGCAGUUUGGAGUUGACUACCUCCAACAUAUCUUUGGUGUGAUCAACUGCAAUGCCUACACUAUGAGUGACCAGAAGGGGCUUCAGGCGGUGGGAGUAGGCCUCUUCCCAAACCUUUGCCUGGUCAACCACGACUGCAGGCCAAAUUGUACAGUUAUUCUCAACCAUGGCAAUCAGACAUUUCUGGAUGCAUCUUUUCACUCUCAGAGGAGGAUUGAGCUGCGUGCCCUGGGAAAUAUCUCAGAGGGUGAGGAGUUGACAGUCAGCUAUGUGGACUUCCUGAACGUGUCCAAGGAUCGGCAGCAGCAGCUCAAGCGGCAGUACUACUUCGACUGCAAUUGCGAAUACUGCGCUGGAGGCGUCAAGGACGACCUAAUGGCGGCCGUCAAAGAGAAGGACGGCAAAAAGCCCUCUGCUGAGCAGGUGAAGGAGGUGACGGAGUUUACCACUCAGGCACUGGCCCAGAUUGAGCAAGCCCGCACUGAAGGCAACUUUCAAGAGGUGGUUAAAUUAUGCCGCGAGUGUUUGGAGAAGCAGCAGCCAGUCCUGGCAGACACUCACCUCAGCCUGCUGCGUGUGCUCAGGAUUGCCAGUGAGGUGCUCUCCUACCUGCAGAUGUUCCAGGAUGCUGCAAACUACGCCAGCAGACUGGUGGAAGGAUAUGCGAAGCUCUACCAACCAAACAGUGCUCAGCUGGGCAUGGCCACCAUGAGGGCAGGGGUGAUUCACUGGCACGCUGGGAACAUUGAACUUGGCCAUGGAAUGAUCUGCCAAGCUUUCGCAAUCCUCAUGAUUACCCACGGCCCCCAUCACCCAAUAACAAAGGACCUAGAGUCCAUGCGCACGCAGACGGAGAUGGAGCUGCGCAUGUUCAAGCAGAACAAGGCCAUGUACCACAGCAUGCGCGAGGCGGCCCUCAACAGCAAGCCCACAGGAGCAGGAAAAGUCCAUUAACCAAUCAAAGAGCUGUUUUUCAGAGCAAACAGACCUUUGAGAGCUUGCACACAGUUCUGAUUAACCACAGCUUACUGUGCAGGUUAUACUGAUCUCAUAUCUUCUACAGUGUGCCUUAUUCUAGCAUUAUUUUACAAUGUUGCACUUGUGUGUGCAUGCAGUAAAAUUUCCAACACAGUACUGAAAAAAGCCGUAAAGCAAUGAAUAAUAAUGAGGUGUACUAAAGUUGUUAAUCUUGGGAUUGCAGAAGCCUAUUGUUGAAUAGCUGGAAAUGGCCCUAAAUGGAUUAGGAUUUGGACUGUUUUGUGUAAAUAAACCUUGCAGUACACGGAAAUCAUUAAAUAUAUGUUUAAUGAAGGUGCUUCCGGUUCA